AAUGAAGUUCUUGGCUAUGAUGGCUCUUUUGGGGCUAUUGGCUAUAUUAUUUCUGGCUUCAUCGGAGGCUAGUUAUUGCCCCUGUAAUCUUCGAAAGGCAGAGGUCUGUGGAACCAAUGGUGUGACCUAUCAGAAUAGAUGUGUUUUUGAGUGCACUCAGCGGGAAUAUAGAAAGCUCGGAAGAAUUUUAAACAUCAAAAAAAUGGGAUCUUGUCAAGCUUCUCGGUUCUCUUGACAAAGCAAUUACUUCAUAAUUAAAUAAAGCAAA